GCGUGGAUGUUACUUGUGACUUUAACACGACGAUGACCAUAUGCAUAUAUGUAUACGUACAUGUAUCAGCAGCAACCUGCUGUGCCCUCCUAUAUAAAGCUGUGCAACCUAGCUGGGCGCGUCAAGCUCGUUCGGGUGGCUGGCGAGCAUUUCUUCAAGCCGCGCAGUGGUUGCAUAGCAAACACCGCAACACUCGUGAUUCGUGACUCUCCACGCACCACACUUCUUCAACGCCGCGCAGCGGUUUACGCGCCAGCACAACUCGAAAUCAAGGCGAUCCAUCUCAGUAUCCCCACGCGCUCUUUUGAGGCUUUUGCAGCGGACAAGAACACGCUGUCUCGGCUGUGAUGUCGGCAGCCACAACGAGCACCCCAAGUGCUCCUCGCAUGGACUUUUGUCGAAGAUGCGGCGAUCCAGUCUCGAGCAUGUCAGCGGGCAACGCUUCGAGACACGAGCUUUCUCGCUGUCGCAAGUGCGGAGGUACAGCGACUCAAGCCAAAGUGAGGGAAUCCGAACCUGCAGAGGGGAGCAAGAGCCGAAAGGACCCUUGGGAGAGGAGCUACGUGUCGGGCUCGUUGAAGCUGGCCGACUCGGAUGAACAGUUCAGCCUCGCUUUCCCAUCAUCCACCCCAGCGCCAACCCUUGCGCGGGCGCCAGUGUCGCGCAACGCGCCUUUGGCUCUCGGUGUGCCUUCUUCCAUAUCUAGAGACCUGCGAACUCCUCCGCCACCACAAAGGCCUCGACUCUCGAGCGAUGCAGCCAUGCCGACCAUCCAAGCUCCCGACGGCCAGCUUUCCAAAGUGGUGGGAACGCUGCUCGCACCGGAAGAGCAGCGCAAGACGUGGAAGUGCGGAGGCUGCGAAGCUCCAUUUGUUAGAGAUGCUACGCUAUUUGCUGCUCCUACGGCCGCCACUUUGGCCAGCACAUCAACAGGAGCGACGACGCCCCGCUCUGCAAAUGCAGCAUCUUCGGGCACGAGCACACCAUCCCAGUUCUUCUGUCAAGCGUGCUACUCGCAGCGCUUCUCUCUAGGCGUGUGUCCCGGAUGCAAGAAAGCGGUUCUGGGAUUGGUGAAAGAGGAAGGCAGAUUUGUCCGCGCAGGAGAUGAUGUGUGGCACGGCAAGUGCUGGGUUUGUGGGAGUUGCGGUACAAAGGACAGGGUGAUCCGAGGUAUGGAUGCCAUGCCCGUCUGUGAGGAAUGCUUCGAUCAGCCAAAGCCACGUCGCGCUCCUGCGGUCAGCAUGGGAGCCAGCACGGGAGCUGCGCACAACUUCCCUGUCCCGACCACCCGCCGGCAGUCUCAAGAUCUGCGUAACCUCUCUGGGGCACCGGCAGCUCGCACAGCUAUGGGUGCCAGCAUUGCAGCACUCUCUGCUCGCUUCUCCGGAACUUCGAUUGCGCCAGCCGCUGCCAAUGUUCCCCCUUCCCCUCAGCUGGGUCCAGUCCGCUCGGGUAGCGCUUCUCCUACCAAGAUGGGUCCGCCACCUACCUGGGGCAACACGGCUGCAUAUGGCAACAAUGCGCCCUACUCGAGAUCGAGGACCAUGUCGGCUCUCGCUGGAGCUUCUAGCAGCGGCCUGGAUAAGAAGCAGUCAGGUCAGACCCCCUCUUCAACGGCGAUGCCCACAUCUACGAGCUUGGCGAGUCUGCGCAGCGACUCUGGCUCUCUGAGUCGCUCCAACUCCAUCACGCGCUCGCUUUCUCGCACCAAUUCGCUAUCGAGACCAGGAUCUCCCACAAAGCCUCGACCCUUGACGGCGCAGUUCACUGGCGAAAAGUUUGACUUGGCAGCUUUCAGGAGCAGUCAGGCAGGCGCGCAGGGCUCCAAUGGCCUGACCAGACAGGACAGCAGGAACGGCAAGAUGGAUCGCAAUGAUGGAGCAAGUUCGCCAGGAAAUGAGCCGCCAACCACGCAGGUGCCCAGGACUCGCAGCGGCUUUCCUCUGCCGGCCGGGAGUAGCAAGCGCGAAGAGCCCGUGGGAGAGUCUGCUGCGAAGCCAGGCAGCGCAGGUCAAGAGGAAGUCACAUGUGCGGCUUGUGGUCGUCCGCCCUUUUUUGAAGAAGCGGGCAACAGCCACAUGACUGUGGAGAUGGUCACGCUAUCCAGCUCGGGAUUGACGCUACAUGCUCACUGCUUCCGCUGCGCUACCUGCGGUGAGCAAAUUGACGGAUCUCGCAGCUUUGUCCGACUUGAGGACGAUGAAGACCCUGCAAUGCGGAAGCACUUGCCUCGCUACGCUCAUCCGCCUUGUGCUCCAGUGCCUAAAAUGUAUCCCGUCAAGGUGAACCUCAAUGGCGCAACUGAUGCGGCAGCUCCGACGACGAUGGCACAUGCCUCGGAACCACACCACGUCACUCACCAAUCAGUGCCUCGACCUAGCUUGGGACCGAAUCCACCACCACCGGCACAGAAGUAUGGAUUCAUCAGCAGCGCAAGCAGUCGAUCCCGAUCGACUUCUCCCUCGAAGGCUUCGUUCGGCAUGGAUCGCCACGCGUCCAACGACUCAUCGACUGAUGCGAAUCUUCAAGGGGAAGGGCGCAGACUCAGCAAUACUGGCCUGCACGCCUCGGGCCGACGAUUCCAGCCCACGUCGGGAGCUGCACCGCCUACACGCAGUACCCUGGACGUUCAACCGCCGUCGUCAAGGGCUCGUGAUAUGAGGGGCAUCUUCAGCGGGGCUGCAAGUAGCCGGGCUCCGGCAAGCACUUCCUUGGCCAAGGAUGGCUCGGUCGGAGGAUCGCAACAGACUUUCCCAGCUGCUGCAAGUAUCACCUUUGCGGGAAGAAAGCUUGGCGGUCUUUUGCAAUGUGCAGGAUGCAGUGUGGGCUUGACUUCGCUCGAGUCCGUCCCCGGACCAAGAGGGACGUCGUGGCAUCGAGGAUGUUUGCGGUGUGGAGGAAUAAGAGAAGGAGCAUCGACCGCCAGUAGGCGGAGCAGCUUGCAGAUCACCUCUAGAGCCAACCUGUUUGAGUCCUCUACCGGUAAAAGCAGCGCAUCGGAAGGGAAAAGGUGCGGGAAGCUGCUCGAUUCCGCUGCCAAGGUCAAUGCGGAGGGACAAGUCAGAUGCUCCGAGUGCUGGAGCGCCAGGUUGUGACCUCUUGGAGUUGAUGCUACGAUCCAGCUCUGGCUUUCCCCAAGCAUCUUGUUCUGCUGCUCCUCGACAAGAUCCGAAUGCUAUGAAUUUGCCUGCUCAAUACACGAUUGGCUUUGGCUUUGGCUUUGGCUUUGGCUUUGGCUUUGGAGCGUAGGCACUGACUAUUGUUGGGUCUUGAGUGGUAGCAGGCACACUCAAUACAUGCAAGACUCGAUGAUCGACCGUUGCGACGCGGUACUCUGCCGCGGCUCAACUGGUUAUGCCAUCAUUAUCACGUGCCCAUUCAAAUAUACCU